AGCGAGCAACUACUACACCAGUGGGACGAAUGGUGGACAUUUGAGUAACAACUCAAGCUCAAAUCCAACAGCUGCGACUACGACCACCGCCUCCUCCUCAACGCUCGGCCUUCGCGUCUACUCCGAGGCGGAGGUGGGCGUGCUGCAGUCGCUGGNGCAGCAGCAGCAGCAGCAGCAGAUACUGAACGUCUUUGACAUUGGCCGAGGUGUCGGUGUUGGCCUAACUCGAACGCUAAACAAUCACCACAGAGCGAGCAACUACUACACCAGUGGGACGAAUGGUGGACAUUUGAGUAAUAACUCAAGCUCAAAUCCAACAGCUGCGACUACGGCCACCGCCUCCUCCUCAACGCUCGGCCUUCGCGUCUACUCCGAGGCGGAGGUGGGCGUGCUGCAGUCGCUGGGCAAGUGCAAGUUCGGCGACGUCCUCCUCUGCAAUGUGCCCGGCUCUGGCACCAAGGGCCUUCGCCGGCUGGCAGUGGUGCGCACCGUCAACGACCUCAACCUCAAGGCGGAGUUUGUGGCGGCGAUGAGCUGGGCGCGCACCAGAUCGCUCGCCUGCGACCGCUUUGCGCGCCUCUUUGGCGUCAUCGAGACGCCCACCUACUACGCCUCGCUCACCGAGGCGGGCGACUGUGACCUCCACUACUACCUGAGGAAGACGGACUAUCUCAGCUACGAGACGCUGCUGUACAUUGCCGGUGAGAUUGCCGCCGCCGGUGCCUACCUCGAGGCGGCGAGCUUACCGGCGGUGAAUGGAGGAAGUGCUCCACAGCAACUGCAACAGCAGCAAGAGCAAACCCACCGGGACAUAGCCGCCCGAAAUGUGAUCAUCUACGAGGCGACGCUGACGGUGAAGCUAACUGAUGUGGCCGCCUAUGAGGAGCAGUGGGCGGCGGACUACGUCGACGGGCUGCCCAUUCGGUGGAUGGCGCCGGCGUCGGUGGCCGGCCGGGGACCGCUCUUCAGUCUUCCUGGGGACGUCUACGCCUUUGGCGUCACCCUCUGGGAGGUGAUGACCGGCUGCAAGGUGCGCCCCUUUGCGGAGUACGGCGACGAGGAGCUGGUCGCCGCCAUGUACGCCUACCUCGAUGCAAAGGAAGAGGAGGAGGAGAAAGCCUCUGAUGAUGAGGGAGAUCAUGAAGAGGAUAAUGAAGCAGAGGCAGAGGCGCCUCGACUGCCCGUGCCCACCCACUGCACCCCGGAGAUUGCCUCGCUGAUUGAGGAGUGCACGGCGGCGGAGGAGCACCAGCGACCUACCUUCAAGGAGAUCUGCCUCUUUCUCCAGCGAAAGACUGCCGCUGCUGGCAGUGGCAAGCAGCACUGA